CGGCGGCCAUUUUGUCCGCGGUCCCUUGCUGAGGCGGCGGAGGAAGAGGUUGCAGCAGUUCCCCGCGGGCACCCCUCCCGGCCUCGUUGUUUGCUCCUUCCAGGCCCAGCCAUGCUCUCCGUGCGCGUCGCCGCCGCCCUCGCCCGCUCCCUGCCCCGGCAGGCCGCCUUGGUUUCCCGGAAUGCUUUCGGUGCAACAUUUGUUGCGACAAGGAACCUCCAUGCCUCCAAAACAAGCCUACAGAAAACCGGCACUGCUGAAGUAUCUUCUAUUCUUGAGGAACGCAUUCUUGGGGCUGACACCUCUGCUGAGCUAGAAGAAACUGGCCGCGUGCUUUCAAUUGGUGAUGGCAUUGCCCGUGUCUAUGGCCUGAGGAAUGUUCAGGCAGAAGAAAUGGUUGAGUUCUCUUCUGGGCUGAAGGGUAUGUCCUUGAACUUGGAGCCCGACAACGUUGGUGUUGUCGUGUUUGGCAAUGACAGAUUGAUUAAAGAAGGUGACAUUGUGAAGAGGACAGGUGCUAUUGUAGAUGUGCCAGUUGGCGAAGAACUCCUGGGGCGUGUUGUAGAUGCACUGGGUAAUACCAUUGAUGGAAAGGGCCCAAUUGCUUCCAAGACACGCAGAAGAGUUGGUCUGAAAGCACCAGGGAUCAUUCCUAGAAUCUCUGUACGUGAACCCAUGCAGACCGGCAUCAAGGCUGUAGACAGCUUGGUACCAAUUGGCCGUGGCCAACGUGAAUUGAUCAUUGGUGAUAGGCAGACUGGCAAAACAUCAAUUGCUAUUGACACCAUCAUCAACCAAAAACGAUUUAACGAUGGAACUGAUGAGAAGAAAAAGCUUUACUGUAUUUAUGUUGCUAUUGGCCAGAAGAGAUCCACUGUUGCCCAGCUGGUUAAGAGGCUUACUGAUGCAGAUGCCAUGAAAUACACCAUUGUGGUCUCUGCCACAGCUUCAGAUGCUGCCCCUCUUCAGUAUUUGGCUCCUUAUUCUGGCUGCUCUAUGGGCGAAUACUUCAGAGAUAAUGGAAAACACGCUUUGAUUAUCUAUGACGACUUAUCCAAGCAGGCUGUUGCUUACCGCCAGAUGUCUCUGCUGCUGCGCCGUCCCCCUGGGAGAGAGGCCUAUCCAGGCGACGUCUUCUAUCUGCACUCCCGUCUCCUAGAAAGAGCAGCCAAGAUGAACGAUGCCUUUGGAGGGGGCUCUCUCACUGCUCUUCCGGUCAUUGAAACACAGGCUGGAGAUGUGUCUGCCUACAUUCCCACUAAUGUCAUCUCUAUCACAGAUGGGCAGAUCUUCUUGGAAACUGAGCUGUUCUACAAAGGUAUCCGCCCAGCCAUCAACGUUGGUCUAUCUGUAUCUCGUGUAGGUUCUGCUGCCCAGACGAGGGCCAUGAAGCAGGUGGCUGGCACCAUGAAGCUGGAAUUGGCUCAAUACCGUGAAGUGGCUGCUUUUGCCCAGUUUGGGUCAGAUCUGGAUGCUGCUACUCAGCAAUUGCUCAAUCGCGGUGUUCGUUUGACUGAGCUGCUGAAACAAGGACAGUAUGUUCCUAUGGCAAUUGAGGAGCAAGUGGCCGUCAUCUAUGCUGGAGUCAGAGGCCACCUGGACAAGCUGGAGCCCAGCAAGAUCACCAGGUUUGAGAGAGCUUUCCUGGCUCACAUUCUGAGCCAACACCAGGCCCUCCUUGCCACAAUCAGGACCGAGGGGAAGAUCUCUGAACAAACAGAAGCCAAGCUGAAGGAAAUAGUCACAAGUUUCCUAUCCACAUUUGAAGCAUAAGCAAACGAUUAACAGUCCUACCGUCGUCCCAGGCUAUUUUUGUCACCGAGUAGUGGCAGUGCUCUGGCUCCAUUUUUUCCCCCAGAGACAUACAAGGUCUGUGUGAGUUCAAAGUAUGGCCUUCGCUGAGAAUUAAAGGCUCCAUUUCAAGAAGUCUUGUGGACACAAUCCAGGCUGUGAAGGAGAUCUGCUGACAGCCUAUAUCAGUGUGUACAGAAGUACGUGGUGAAUAAAAUCUUACAAACAAUA